ACCCACCAAUUAGACCACUGAACUUGGGAUUUGCAUUGCUGUAACUUAAGAUUGCCAAGCCCAAGUUAGGUACCUGGACAGGACCCGCGCAAUCCACGGGCCUUGCAUCUGUGGGCGUGGAUUGUGCGACACCUCAAAGGAAGCUUGUCGAUUCGAGAAGCCAACUCGCCCCUUUUUCUUGAUCGCCGCCUUCGCCGCCUACCUAGGUCCCGGCAUCGAGCUCUGUUCAAUGCCUUGCACCCGCGCCAACACUUUGCAGAACGACGCUGAUCAUAGGGCCGAAUUGGUGAGGAACCGCGUGUGAACAAGCGCGGGUCCUCUCGGAUGAAUCCCUCCAACGAUGGCUCUAGCUCCGGCUCAGGGCUCCCCCUUACCGCCUCGUCUUCUGCCAUUGCCGAAAAGAAGGGUUCGGAAAGCGUUGUUGACGCAGGAUUGAAGAGUCUGCAUCAUUACAGACGAGCGCUCCCGCCAUGGCGAUAUGCCCUGCGACAACGGCUCCUGCCCCUCGUACGGUGGGAGACGCCCUACCUGGCCGCCCUCCAAAGCGUCAUGCGCACGCCGGCACUCGAUAGCUACUUUGCCAUUACAGCCAACCUUGGCACGCACACCUUCUUCAUGAUCGGCCUUCCCAUUCUAUUUUGGUGUGGCUUUCGGGGCUUUGGCAGGGGGCUUGUCCACAUCCUCGCCUCGGGCGUCUUCUUCACCGGCUUCAUAAAGGACAUGUGCUCCCUCCCGCGACCGCUAUCUCCGCCCCUGCAGCGCAUCACCAUGUCCGGAUCGGCAGCGCUCGAGUACGGCUUCCCAUCUACCCACUCGGCCAAUGCCGUCUCGGUCGCCGUCUACGGCAUCUUGCUGCUCCGCAGCGAAGGCAACCUCUACUCCCCGACUACAACGCUGCUUCUUGAAGGCCUCGCCUGGUUCUACGCGCUCUCUAUCGUCCUGGGCCGUCUCUACUGCGGCAUGCACGGUUUCUUUGACGUGGUUGUGGGCUCUCUCAUGGGCGCCGCAAUAUCACUGAUUGAGUUCUACUAUGCGCCCGCCCUCGAGGCAUGGAUCCAAUCCAGCAAUUACCUCGCCCCGCUGAUGGUGGCGCUUAUUAUCAUCGUCCUCGUACGCGUACACCCCGAACCGGCCGACGACUGCCCGUGCUUCGACGACAGCGUCGCCUUCGCGGGGGUCAUGAUCGGGUUGGAAUGCGGCAUGUGGCGCUUCGCGCACUCAGAGCUGGCGCAGGUCUACCAGGGGCCGGACGCGUCCUUUGACCUGUCGGCACUAGGCUGGCCCAUCGCCACCGCCCGCGUCGUGUUUGGCGUCCUGAUUGUGUUUGCCUGGCGCGAGGUGAUGAAGCCAACCCUCCUGCGGGUUCUCCCCCACCUGUUCCGCGUCAUUGAGACCCAGGGCCUUUCGCUCCCCCGCCGCUUCUUCGUCCCCGCCUCCGAGUACAAGGACGUGCCCCUGCAUGUGCGGGACGACACGGUCCUCCCCAACGUGAGCGACCUGCCUAAGCUAGUCCGCAGCUUCCGCGGACCCGGCCGUGGCAGAUCCGUGAGCAUCGGCCCGCAGAGUGCCGCGGACGCGUACGAGACGCUGGCGUACCGCGAACGGAGGAGAAGGGAGAGUUUGAGUAGCGAAAAUGGUGCUCGGCCCGGGGUGAGAGCCAAACCGAGCUUGAACGGGUUGCGAGAAGAGCUGAAGGCUGGUGAGCAUGGCGCGGGGCGCGAUGGAGAGUGCUCACAAGCUUCCGGGGUAGGCGGGAUCGUGCAGAGCGGGCGUUUGGCGGAGUUUGAGAGAAUGAUGGGCACAGGGGAUGUUGUGGCUGCCCCUCCUCCUGGUUUGGAUCCGUCGGCGGCGGGAGAUGCUGUUGCUGAGCCGCAAUUGUAUCUUGGACAAGAGGAUGAGCUGGGCGAGAAGGAAGUGUUUUCAAGGCUGGUCAAGCCACGUGUGAGAUAUGAUGUUGAAGUGGUUACCAAGUUGGUUGUCUAUACCGGCAUUGCAUGGUUGGCGGUGGAUAUCAUUCUUGUUGCCUUCGAGGCUGUUGGCCUAGGAGCGGCGCACCUGAGAACACGAUGAAGAUCUGUAUCUUUAUCCCGAUGGAAUACUUUCUCUCCAACUUCGCCAUCUAGAUUAUAUUCAAUGAUCCUCUUUUCUUUAUGGCGGUUACAGCUGGAACUGAGGCGCCUAUUGUGCCGAG